AUGCAGUACACGGGCAGCUUCUACCGCGGGCAGCGCGUCAACGGCAGGUUGGAAGGGACGGGGACGUACACCCUCCCCACCGACACCAAGUACGAGGGCGAGAUGAAGGACGGGAUGUUCCACGGGAAAGGAACUCUGUACUUCCCCAGCGGAAGCAAAUACGAAGGGACUUGGGACAAGGGUAUCUGUGUGGAGGGAAAAUACACCUUUUCUGAUGGUUUGGAAUACAAGGACAAUAAAUGGCAUUACUGUGACGGCUAUGACCGGCGGUUCUACACGGAAAUCUGCAACGGCCUGAAGCCAGCAGGGAUUUCCCAGCUGACCAACCUGGAUCCCCCGCGGAACAUCCCCCCUGGCUGCUACGACUGCGGAGAUGGCUUCUACAACCCGAAGACCAGAGUGGUUGUGGAUUACCGGCACCGCUUUCUGAGAAAUGCAGAUGACGACGAACACGACUGGAUUGUGAAGACGUGUCGAAAAGGCUGGGACGAAUGCGUUGGCUUCAAGCCGAAGAAGUGAGCCGGUCGGAGGGCGAGGAAGAACCCGGCUCCCCUUGGGGUUUUUCCCGCCUGAGGACCCUCUCCCUGUAAUUUCUCCAUUAAGGCCGGCGUGGCCUCCCCCUGCCAAGAGAAGGGUGCCCAGCGGCUUUCCUUUCAUCGGAGGCAAUAAGUGGAAAUGGUGAGCCAAUCGCCCUGCGCAUUGGCCUUUCCCGAGGGGAGAAGGAGAAGGAGCCAGAUUUUAUUGUGGGGUGGGUUUUUUGUUUGUUUUUUUGGUCGUCCUUUUGUUUUGCCCUCCACAAAGAAGGGGGGCCGGGCUGAGGAACCCCAAAGCAAAGAAAAGGGAACCGGUCUUCCGUUGAUGUCAGUGCCCGCACCUCGACUCGACUUAACUUUAUUUAUUAUACACAAAUAAGACAUUUACAAAGCACAACAGUAAAAGGGAGCUAAUAAAACAAACAUUGGUUUUGACCUCUUUUUUGUUUUGAUUUGAUUUUUUUAAAAAGUGCUUUACAAUUUUUCUUUUUCUU